AUGUCUCGACAGCUGCAAAUAGCAUCCAAAUGGGAAAUGCGUGCAGUGAUUCGUUUUUGGUGUGCAAAAAUGUGCAACUGCACUGAAAUUUAUGGGCAGUUGCAUGAAGUGUAUGGUGAAAAUGCAAUGUCACGUCAAGCUAUCGCGAAAUGGUGCACCAUGUUUGAGAAUGGACGUACAGAUAUUGAGGACGCUGAGUACGAGGGAAGACCAUCAACUGCAACAAUUUCGGAAAUUGCUGCUCGCGUGAAUGAAUGCAAGCUUGCAAACAGACGCAUAACGAUAGACGAAAUCUCAAAUGAACUGGAUAUUACUCAUGGAAUCUGUGCUCGAUGGGUUCCACGUCUAUUGACGGAGGAACAUGAAGGAAAGGGUUUUGAAAGGGCAUUUGCAUUUCUGCAAAGUUACCAAACAGAAAGGAAUGAGUUUUUGGACAAAAUUGUGACUGGAGAUGAAACUUGGAUUCACCAUUUCUCACCUGAAACGAAGAGCAGCUCGCUCGAGUGGAAACAUUACAGUUCCCCGACACGAACAAAGUGUCGAACUGUUCCAUCUGCAGGAAAG